AUGGAGGAUGAGGGUAUCGAGCCAAAGUUUGAUGAUAUCCUGAAACUGGUAAAUACUAGUGUCAAUCAAUCUAUGAGCAAGUUCGCCAGUCUAUUACAUCUCACCCCUAGAAUAGAGCAGUCUGAGGGUAAAGUGCAAUCAUUGAUGACGAGUAGACCUCAGAGAGGUGGAUGUCGAGAAGACUCCAUGAUGUCUAGUAAUGCAUAUAGACCUAGUGAGUGUAACAGGUUUCGUAGUACAUCCUCAACAGAUAAGUUACAAGCUGCAAGACAAACACGGUUUUGUUUUACACGUGUGCAAGAGGUGCAUACAGAAGUGAACUGUGAACCUGUGAGCAAGUUCAGUGAUAAGCUAAAUGUAAACUCCAAUCAUGACUCCGAAUUGUGUGACGAUAACGGUGUUGUGAAGAAGUCUGUAGUUGCAACUGGUAAGCCGUUGCUGAAUAGAGUGUCACAGAAUAGAGUUACUGCUUCAGAGUGGAGUUCUGACUUCAAAAGUUUACAAAGUAUAACUAGUCAGAGUGAAGAUGUAAAACCUUUAAUGAUUUUCGAGGAGGAACCAAAAUUGUCUACUUCUGUUAUUAAAGAGUUUGAAAAUGAUGAAAUUGACGGUAAAUUGGAUAUAUGUGAUAAUGAUCAUGAUAGUGCAGAUUUGUCUUUGGUUGAUCAUGAUGAGAUGGGGGAUAUGCCUACUACUGCUAAGUUAAAUAAAGUCUCUGUACAACUACAACGUGAAGUAGAAAUAAAUGCAGAUGCAGUUGCAGAAGGCAUGCAUACUUGUGAGACAGUCAGUGUAAUUGAUCAGCAUGUAGCCCACCUAUCAUCAGAUGAUAGUGCUAAACCUGAACUAGUAGUGAAAGACAGCAGUGGUGGUAAUCUUGCAGUUGGACAACUAUCUGAGAGCCGAAAAAGAACAGCUUCUGAUCCACCACUAAGUUCAUCACCUUGUGUCAUUCAGUAA